UUCGUGGCCCUGAAAAUCGGGAGUGCAGCUGUUUACUUCCCCGACAUUUGUGAUAAUACGAGGAUCUGCCUUUUAUACACCAGUAUACGGUUGUCUUUAGAGCUGUGAAGAUGAGAGUAGAAGUUGUAAAGGGCCUCGUGCUGGUGGGGCUGUUUCUUAUGACAUUUCUCCUUGGUCUCCUUCCGGUGAAGAUCGUCAAGGUGGUAAGACAACGCAGCGUUCAACGAGGAUCGCGGCAGACCCGCUACAAGCGAGUUAUGUCUCUGUUCAGUUGUUACGCGGCGGGCGUUUUUUUGGCUACGUGUUUACUAGACCUGUUUCCCGACGUAAGAGAUAAACUGAGCGAUGUGUUAGAUGAGGCGCAGAUUUACACAUCAUUCCCAGUUCCCGAAUUCGUCAUGGUAUGCGGUCUGUUCCUUAUACUUACCGUGGAGCAGAUAGUACUGUUUUGUAAGGAAAGUAAAGACUUCUUGAGACACUCACACGAUGCUGCGAAGACAUCACCCAUGCGUGAUCACCGGUCAUUGAGUCGCUCAGCUGAAUUCAGUCCACGGUCAUUGAACUGUAUAACUGACCGUCCGCGAUCAGCAACAUUCAGCUCACCUGGUACAGUACAGCGAGGAGAACGGGGCAGCGAUGAGUCCAGUCGUGUACCCCUCCUACGGAAUGAGAGUCAUGAUCACAGCCAUGACCACAGUUUUGUCACAGAGGCACAGGAUCAUUCCACAUUCAGGUCUCUGCUCCUACUGCUAGCACUCUCCCUGCACUCUGUGUUCGAGGGUUUAGCAGUAGGCCUUCAGCAGAAGGCUGUUGAUGUACUGGCAGUAUUCGCAGCGUUAGCACUCCACAAAUGCGUGCUCAGUUUUAGUCUCGGGCUCAGUUUAGUUCAGAGCGAGUUGUCAAAUGGUGGCAUCAUACGUUCUGUUGUCUUGUUUUCCCUGUCUUCUCCGCUGGGUAUAGGAAUUGGCCUGUGUAUAACAGACCUAUCAAACACGAAUGCAACUCAUUUAGCGGAAGGAAUUCUGCAGGGAAUUGCUUGUGGGACAUUCCUGUAUGUGACCUUCUUUGAAAUGUUGCCUCAUGAAUUCCACUCUUCAGAUGACAGACUGAUGAAAGUUUUGUGUUUGUUACUCGGUUAUAGUACAGUGACGGUCAUACUGUUUUUCCACAAUAAUGUAGAAAAACCAACCUGUUUCCGGGGACCUGGGCCAUUUCCUAGUGAAAGUUAUAAUGCAACAACAUAGUUGUACUAAACCCAGAAAGUUUGUAAAGAACCUGCUUGCCUCAUCAAGAAGUCAGAAAAGCCGUACUGAGUAUGGAGAAAGUAGUUUACUUGUGUAAAGCCAACACCAAGCGAAAGUUAUUAGUUAUAUGUAUGUACUGCUUUACAAACCAUUUUCUUACACUGUGUGUUACAGAAUAGGAACGGGAUACCUGGUUAUACCCAGUAAGAACAACAGAUGGUCGGCCGUAUUGGAGCUGUGGCUCCAGUGGCUAGUAUAGCAUCAUUACUCCAGUUCAUGCAUGGCCUCUGUAGAUUACGUGCACGAAAUUAUCAUUUAUAUUGUGACUGACAGUUGCUGAUAUCAUACUCCUUACAGCGCAUGUUCUGCUCUCUAUGCUAGCUUUACAUCACUGCCACUACUGAACAAGCUUAACGUGGCUCAUUUAGGCUUAGCCUUACCACUGGCGUCCUUGCGCCAAUCAGCAUAUAAUCAGCAUUCAUCAAUGAAACUGUGUCAAGUGAUUGUUAGAAUCAUGUUGAACAUACAUGGGCAUCAAGUAUUGAUAUGAACAAAAGCUGAGAGAGAGACUUUGUAUUUUCUGAAAUCACUUCCUGCCUCAUCAUUGUAACCCCAGUGACCUCAGCAUUGUUUAAGAUUUCUGCGCAAAAUUUCUGAUUGGUGGCAGUGAUGUAAUCCAGUGUAGGGAGUGACGUCUGCGCUGUGAGGAGUGUGCUGAUAUGUUUCAUGUUCUGAACUACUGUACCUCAUAAUUGGGUGUACGGCAAACCACACUGGACUGAUAUUUACUCUUAAGAUCAAGCCUUCUCAUUUAGUCAAAUCAAUCAACUUUAACUUUUCUGAUAAAAUAUUGAGAGUAAUAUGUACAUCAGUGUGUCUGAUUUUAACUUAAACAGCAUUAAUCAAGGUACUUGCUGAUUAUUGAGAGUUUAAAUGGCUGUCUAGCAUUUAGGUAAGGACUUUAAUACUGUUUUUCACCUAAAGUUUUGCAUUUUUCAAGUAACACAUUUUGCUUGAAUCUGAUUGGUUCACCCACCAUAUAGGGCCACUUAAGAGUUUGUGUGAAGCUUGAUUAAUUACUUAGCAGAAAAUGUUAAGUGUUGUCGUAAAAAGUAUCAUUUUAGAGCUUGUGAUUCUGAAAAUGCAUUUUUACAUACAAAACUUUAGGUGAAAUAACUAAUCCAUAAUUUUCAGAUAAUCUGUCAUGAUGUGGUGUAUUGUUCUUUUGCCUGAAGGUAGGCAGUUGGCAAUAAACUUAAGUUGCAAGUAAGCAACUGCAAUUUUUGAAUAGCAAGACAUGUAAAAUGGUGACAUAAAACCCCCAAAAAACAAAGCAUAAAUUUAAUUUCGCUUUGUUUUUUUAGAGAACUUGUUUCUAACUGCCUACCAGAAGUACACGUCCAAAUUGAUUAGAUGAGCAUAUAAAUGUACAUAUACAUGUACUGUACUCCUGUACAACUUGAAUGCUUAGACCUAUGCUCUCCCAAAUAAGAAAGGCAUGUCAACACAUGCUGGUGACACCUGAUGCUGAGAUUAAUAUCCACACCUGGUGUCAUAAUCCUGAUAACUGAAUGAACUUAAAUUGAUUAUGUUAUGAUUGCUAGUUGACAUUGAAACUUCCUUAUUGUCUGUCUUUAAUGGAGACCUGACAAAUGCCCGGCAGCAGGAGCUGGACGUGAAUUUAUUGACGUCAGAUGUUUCUUUCCCAGGUCAUCAUGAAGAUGCUACAAUUAAAACUGAUACAUUGUAAUAUUGUAGACAUUGCACUACAAUCCAUUUUUGAUGUAUCAAUAGCUCAAGGUCCUACUUCAUACUGGCGCCACCUAAAAUAUGCUGCCUUUUUAUUGGCUGAUAAUGACUGCAUAUUAGUAUACUUGUACAUUACUUAUCCCACAUUGAACCAAACUAGAUUUAUCACAGGAAAAUUCACUCACAAACAGUAGGUGUUUCUUUUUUGGAACCUAAUAUAUACUAUGUUCAUACUCUUAUCCUGAAAGAGUGCAGUCUCUGUACCCUGAGUUCAAGUCCACCUCAUGCUGGCUUCCUCUCCAGCCUUACGUGGAAAGGUCUGUCAGUAAUCUGCAGAUGGUCGUGGGUUUCCCUCUGGCUUUGCCCAGUUUCCUCCUGCCAUGAUGCUGUCAGCUGCAGUAUAAGUAAAAUGGUUUUGAUAUACAAUGUAAAACACCAAUCAAAUAAAUAAAUAAAUGAACGAGUGACUGCAGUUAUACACACACCCCUACAAACUAUAACUAACAUAACUAUGCCCACAUUUAGCAUUAACUUAUGUAUGAACAUGGCUGCUUCACACAUAUUGCUUUCUACAAGAUUUUCUCCAAGUUCCUUAGGUAGUUUGUAUUGUUAUACAAAUCGGUUUAUGUCUAAAGUAUAUACAAUGGUAACAGUGUUAAAAUGUUAUUAUGUAGGCUUUAUAGUUUGGUUCCUAUAAAGAACAGAGGUUAAAUAUAAUAAGUCACACAAAGAUAUUUGUUUUCUCAACUGUUACAGUAGUGGUAUUAUUUACAAGGUGAAUACCUCCAUGUGUUAUUCCUCUAACUGCUGUUAUUGUCACCUUAUACAAAGAGUAUUGGAGGGACAUCAUGUUUAUAUGAAUUUUAUGAACAGUUCCUAUUUUCGAACCUGUAAUAUAAGUUCUGUCAUUUAAGUGUACCCUCGUAGUUAUUGUAUGUAUAACUUCAGUUCAUACUCUCCAACCAUUAGGUAAGUCCUUGUGUACUUAGUUCUUUUGUUAUGUGAUAGCCUAUCAACAGUGCUUACUGUAUGUGUAAUUUCAGUUGAUGCUUUCUCAACAUGUUCUGUAUGUGAGAUAUACAUAGUGCUUUUGUUAUGUGAUAGCCUAUCAAUAGUUCUUACUGUAUGUGUAACUUCAGUUGAUACUUCCUCACCUUGUUCAGUAUAAGUUCUGUAUGUGAGAUAUACAUAGUGCUUUUGUUCUGGGAUAGGCUAGCACAUCAGUCUUUAUUAACUGUUUAACUCUAGUCCAUAUUCUCCACUGUUCUACCUGUUGUGAGGUGUAUUUAAUCACCACAGUGUUGUUAUUUAUUGUGUGUCAAACAUUACUUCACAUUCUUACUUAAUAUUCUAAGUAUACAUGUAUAAACCAGGUUUAUAUACAUGUAUGU